AUGGCAACCCGCGUGCGGUCCGGGCGUUUCAGUCCCGCUCGGAGCCGGGGAACUGAGGCGCUGGCGACGGGCGGAGCUGCGAGCAGCAAGGGCCCCGGGCGGCCCGGGCCGCUGCAGGACGAGACCUUGGGCGUGGUGUCGGUGCCUUCUCAGUGGAGGAGCAUCCAGGGUAUCCGCGGGGAGACGAAAAGCUGCCAGACAGCCAGCAUUGCCACUGCGGAGGCAGCCGCCCAGGCCAGGGAGCAUGCCGAUGCCGAGGUGCAGACCGAGCCCCCCAUGCCACUUAGCAUGCCUACUGCAUCCCAGCAGGACAGCCCCCGGCUUGCAGCCUUUCUUCGGAGGGUGGAGGGCAUGGUCAUCCGAGAGCUGAACAAGAAUCGGCAGAGUCAUGCAUUUGAUGGCUUCGAGGUGAACUGGACGGAACAGCACCAGACGGUGUCCUGCCUGCACACCCUGGGCUAUCCCCCAGCCCAAGGGCAGGGUCUCCAUGUGACCAGUGUCUCCUGGAACACCACCGGCUCCGUGGUGGCUUGUGCCUAUGGCCGACUGGACGAUGGGGACUGGAGCACGCUGAAGUCCUUCGUGUGUACCUGGAACCUGGACCGCCGAGGCCUGAACCCCAGGCAGCCGGCGGCAGUGGUUGAGGUGCCCAGCGCUGUCAUGUGUCUGGCCUUCCACCCCUCACAGCCGGCCCACAUCGCAGGUGGGCUGUACAGUGGCGAGGUGCUGGUGUGGGACAUGAGCCGCCCUGAGGACUCGCUGCUCUGGCGCACGGGCCUGACAGAUGACACACACACGGACCCCGUGUACCAGGUGGUUUGGCUGCCUGUGUCUGGACACAGCCACCGCUUCCAGCUGCUGAGCGUAGCCACUGACGGGAGGGUGCUGCUCUGGCAGGGAGUUGGCACGGGCCUGCUGCAGCUCACCGAGGGCUUUGCGCUGGUCGCGCAGCAGCUCCCACGGAACACCAAGCUGAAGAAGCCUACCCGGGGUGAGACCGAGGUGGGUGUCACAGCCGUGGCUUUCAACAGCUUUGACCCCAGCCUUUUUGUUCUGGGCACGGAAGGCGGCUUCCCACUCAAGUGUUCCCUGGCAGCAGAGGAAGCAGCCCUCACACGGGUGCCCAGCUCUGUGCCCCUGCGGGCACCGACACAAUUUACCUUCUCUCCCCACGGCGGUCCCAUCUACUCUGUGAGCUGUUCCCCCUUCCACAGGAACCUCUUCCUGAGCGCGGGCACCGACGGCCACGUCCACCUGUACUCCAUGCUGCAGGCCCAGCCCCUGACUUCACUGCAGCUGUCUCACAAGUAUCUGUUUGCUGUCCGCUGGUCCCCAGUGCGCCCCUUGGUUUUUGCAGCUGCUUCUGGGGAAGGCGAUGUGCAGUUGUUUGAUCUCCAGAAAAGCUCCCAGAAACCCACUGUUUCUAUCAAGCAAACCCAGGAUGAAAGCCCUGUGUACUGUCUGGAAUUUAACAGCCAACAGACUCAGCUUUUGGCUGCUGGGGAUGCCAAGGGCGUCGUCAAGAUUUGGCAGCUGAGCACAGAGUUCACAGAACAAAGGCCCCGAGAAACAGAGGACUUGGACCAUCUGGCAGUGGAGGUGGCCACCUGAAGUGCCCCUGUCCUUCCACCUAUCCUCAGGGAGGACAUCAAGGGGAAUAGCCAGGAUGUGACUGAUGGGUCCCAGGAGGCUGUGGUCAGGUGGGGUGUGUCCCCAAAUCCAGAGGCAAGUGAUGUGAGGCUGUAUCUGUGUUGAGCCAAAUAAAUGAAGAAAAGUAAAGCCUUU